UUGAGUAGGUAAAACAAAGAUAAACUUAAUUACGAUUGCUCUGUACCAUACUGUAGUUUCAAAAAUGACGACUCCGAAGGCGGUGGUUUUCAGUCUUUUUUUGGCGUUGGUGGGGGCAACCAAAAGAACUUUCCCCCCAGACUUCAAGUUUGGGGUGGGUACAUCGGCAUACCAAAUCGAGGGCGCGUGGAAUGUCAGUGACAAGACGGAAAGCAUCUGGGACCGGCUCACACAUUCAAACCCUGGCGCCAUAGCCGACAGAAGCCAUGGCGACGUGGCCUGUGACUCCUAUCACCAGUGGCAGAGGGACAUCGACAUGGCAGUGGAAUUGGGAGUGCAUUUUUACAGAUUCUCUAUCUCCUGGCCAAGAAUCCUGCCUACAGGUUUUCCGAAUAAAAUAAGCGAAGACGGCAAGAAUUAUUAUAACAAUCUCAUCAAUGGACUGCUCGCGAAGGGAAUCGAACCUGUAAUCACCAUUUACCACUGGGACUUGCCGCAAAGGCUGCAAGAUUUGGGCGGCUGGACAAACCCCCUCAUAGUAGACUGGCUAGGCGACUACGCCAAGGUCCUGUAUUCCCUAUACGCCGAUCGGGUCAAGACAUGGGUCACCAUCAACGAGCCUAUCCUUAUUUGUGACAUGGCCUAUGGCGGCAUAGGUUUCGCUCCCAUGAUAGUAGACUUGGACAUUGCCAGGUUCCUCUGCACGAAGAAUGUGCUGAUGGCCCAUGCUAAAGCUUGGCGGAUUUAUGAUGAGGAGUUCCGGCCGAAGUAUAAUGGUCAAAUUUCACUAUCGAACCACGUUCUAUGGUACGAGCCAAUGGAAGGAGAGACUGAAGAAACAGCUGAUUUAGCCAGAGCUAUGGGGGAGGGUCGGUACAGCCAUCCCAUAUAUUCAAAAGAAGGCGGCUGGCCCCCAAUACUGGAACAGAAGAUGGCAGAAGCAAGCCGCAAAGAAGGAUACUGGACGUCCAGGCUUCCAGCCUUAACGACCGAAGAAAUUGAGUUCAUGAGAGGUACGUUUGACUACUACGGUCUGAACCACUACACCAGCCGACUGGUCCGCCGUCAGAGACCCGAUGACGUCCUCCAUUUCAUGUCAGGAUCCGAAGAGAUGGGCGUCGUUCUGGAAUCUUCUCCGAAAUGGGGCAACACAAGCAGUGAAUGGUUGAAGUCAAACCCUGAAGGCCUUCGCAAGCUCCUGGUGUAUAUUAGGGACACAUAUGGGGACAUUCCCAUCAUAAUCACUGAGAACGGAUGCGCUUCGUCCCACAGCCUGGAAGACUACAACCGCGUCGAUUACCACGAGAAAUACAUGGAGCAGAUGCUCCUGGCCAUCAACGAAGACAAAGUCAACGUCCUCGCAUACACAGCCUGGUCGCUAAUGGACAACUUUGAGUGGAAUGACGGUUACAACUCCCGUUUCGGCUUGUACGAAGUGGACUUCGAAGACCCGCUGCGCCCGCGCACCCCGCGGAGGUCCGCUAAGUUCUACGCUGACGUCAUCAAGAGCAACUCCUUGCAUGUCGCUCAUAAAUAUAGGAACGAUGAACUAUAG